GAUACAGUUGGUAAUCCUUCCAGUGUUGUCUGUGUUCCAAUGUAACUGGGCGUUCAGUUUCCAUUUUUCAGAAUUUCAGUAAAUGAUUGAAAUGGUGAAGUAUCUCGAAUUUUAGGUUCUCACGGCAUUAAAUUUUGAAGAGUAUUGUCUUCUGGGAUGUGACACCGCGUAGUCUAAUAGGUCGAUAUGGUAGAGGUGAUAAUACUCUAUCAACAUUGGAAUGCAUUCGAGUGUAAUCAAAUGAAACUGUUGCUAUUAACUGUGGAUUGAAUUGAUUUAGUUUAAUCCACAUUGUCGUACAGAAAAUGUGCAAAUUUUGAAAGUUGAAGUCGUAGAACGGUCGUAGAAGGUUUCUCCCAAGAAGAAUGGCUCGUAGUACUGCACAUAUCUUGGAGGAUAAGCCCCGAACACAAGAUGUGUUUAUUAGUGAAGAUAUUGACUUCACUGGAAUGCUGUUAUCGGAGUUAACCUUGAAAGGUCUACAUAAAAGUGGGUUUAGGAAGCCAUCACCCAUACAGCUUAAAGCAGUACCACUUGGAAGAUGUGGAUUUGACCUAAUUGUGCAAGCUAAAUCUGGAACAGGCAAGACUUGUGUGUUCACUAUAGUAGCCCUGGAGAUGGUCCUUGUUGAAAGCAAAAGUUUGCAAGUUCUUGUCUUGGCCCCUACUAGAGAGAUUGCCAUUCAGAUCAAGAAUGUUAUGCAGGAUAUAGGCAGUGAGAUGAAAGGCUUAAAGGUGCAUUCAUUCAUUGGGGGUCUUCCAUUUGAGGAAGACAAAGCAAAGCUUCAGCGUUGUCAUAUUGCAGUUGGUGCUCCUGGAAGGGUGAAGCAUCUCAUCGAGAAAGGGUUCCUAAAAACCGAUAAUGUGCGACUGUUUGUAUUGGAUGAAGCUGAUAAGCUCAUGGAGCCUAGUUUCCUGAAGGAUGUCAACUACAUCUUCUCAGUGCUGCCACACAACAAGCAGGUGAUUGCAUUAAGCGCAACAUACCCAGAUGAACUGGACAUGUUUCUGAGCCGUUACAUGCGUUGCCCAACACAUGUGAAUCCAGGACCUGAAGGACCAGUUUUAUUGGGCAUCAGGCAGUUUGUGUCAAUUGUACGCCCUCAUCUGAACACAAUGGUACAAAUAAAAUACAAAGUACAGGAACUACUGCGCAUCCUGUCAUUUGUUCCCUUCAAACAGUGCCUCAUAUUUUCCAAUUACCAGUCAAGAGCUGAAAGCAUCUGCAAUCAGUUGAAAACAUUGGGAUGGGCCGCAAUAUGGUUGACAGGAGGACAAGACCAGCACCGUCGUCUUGAAGCUGUUGCAAGCCUCCGUGAGUUUCGUUGCCGGGUACUUUUAUCAACAGACCUUACAGCAAGAGGAAUUGAUGCAGAGAAUGUAAACCUAGUAAUCAACCUUGACAUACCUCAUAGUGGUGCAACUUACUUGCAUCGCAUAGGAAGGGCUGGACGAUACGGUUCUCAUGGCAUCACAAUAUCGCUGGUAGCUGAUGGUAAGGAGCUAGCUCAGUUCAGAAGAAUGCUAGGAACAAUUGGUGAAUCAGUGAGCAUUGCUAAAGUACCAAGUGAUGGAACAUCAACAGAUCUGUGGCACUGUGACAUAUCAAGCCUUGAAGAAGUCCAGGGUAUUGCUCCAGGAGAUGGUGCAGAAGCCUGUGAAGGUGUUAAUUUAGAUACAUCUGAUAGUAAGCAUAGUCAAAGAGGUGCAGUUAGGAAGAAAGUUGGAAAACGUGUGAAUGGGCUAAGUAAGGACAGGAAACUGCAGAAUGAAGAGACACUGCGUAGAGAAAUGAAUGGAAGUUGGAACCUGUAUCAUGAAUCUGUAGGGGAAAGCAAUUGUGUCACAGAUUUGGUGAAAGAAGUGGGCGAGAUGUCCCUACUGGCUGAAGAAGAGAAAGCUGAAGUCCAAAAGGUUGAAGAAGAAGCACUGUGUGGCUUGGAUGGAGCAUUGACACAAGAAACUCGGGUUGACUUGCGACUAGACACAUAUGAAGACUUGUUACAUCUGUUAGAAAACUUUACUGAUGAAACAGACGCACAAGAUAUACACUGUUUAAGAGAAAGGGUUACUGAUAUUUCACGUGAAAGUGAAGUAUCUAGAGUUUUGUGUGAUAUGAUACAGGGUGAUAUUUGUAAGAUGACUAACAAAUUGAAAGAAGAAAUCAAGGAUUGGAAUGUUGAAGAUCUGUUAAAGCACUUAGUUAAAGGUCAUCCAUGGCCAGUAGUUGAGGCUGAAGCUUCAAGAUCACCUGCAAACAAAGGAACAGAAACAGAUUGUCAUUACGUGGCGUCUUACAGAGCUUCAGAAGCUGGAGAAGAGACGGUUUCUUCAAGGAGGACUUUUGGUCAUCCUUCCAUAAACAGUCCUAGCAACUCAAGCCAUAAUCACUGUGCAAAUGUGCAUGAUGAUGUGUGUGAGGGCACUGUAGCUUUAGAACGCAAUUCUCCUGAAACAGAAGUGUCUCUAUCAUGUUCUGAGAAAUCAGAUCUUGAAAUUGAUGUAUCAAGAGGUUCAAGCCCAGAAUUCUGGAUGAAAAACAAUCAGAAUUCACAGUGGAAUUACAGUAAUGUACACAGGUCUACAGACUAUUACAGUUAUCCAUGGUUACAUUCUUACAGUGAUUAUUACAACUGGAGAUACAACUGUGAGGAAGAAUAUUGUGGUGUUGAUUUGUGUGAAUAUAGACACAACGUGGAAAGUAGUUAUUACAACAUGUGGAGAAUGCAUUUGCAGCAAGUAAGGCAGUAUAUUCAAUGGACAGAAUAUUGGAAACACAUGUUCAGUAAAUAUUAAACCAAUAGUUUUGUAAACCUCUGCUCAGGAGGAUUAAAAUUGAAGAAAACCAUGAUUUCUGUAUCAAAUAAAUUGAAUUUAUAUUGA